AUGUCCAAGGAAGCCAAAUCCAGCGAUCCAUCGGAAAGAAUGCCCCAUUGUCAGCGAUGUGCUCAGCAUAAUGUUAAGAAUCGUCUUCGAGGACACAAGCAAGUGUGCCCUUUUAAGGAUUGUACUUGUCCCAAAUGUUUGGUGGUGAUCGAAAGGCAAAGAUUGAUGGCCGAUCAGAUCAAACUCAGGAGACUUCAAAAGAAACAGAGGACAAAAAUGCUGCAAAAACAAAAGGAAGAAGGUGAGGUUUUUUGAAUUUAUUUUGUAAAGGAAAAGUUAUAUAUUUUGUUUAGCAAAAAUGUAUUUUUAAUAUCGGUAAUGGUUAUUUAGGGAUAUUUUUGCAGAGAAUAAGCACAUCUAGGUGCAUUCCCUAAAUGGCCACUUUCAAUUAAAGCCAGCUCCUUAUUAAGAAUUAAUUAGCAUUUUUGUACAUUUAAUGGUUGGUUUGGGAAGUGCAAAUAUAUAUAGAUGUAUGUGCUUCUGAAAAUAAGAUUUAUUUCAAAUUGAUUGCAACAAGUUGUUAUAAAAACAUAAAAUUUAUUGAACUUUGUCACAUUGAAAAUAUAAAAUUACGUAAGGCUCAUUAAAAGUUUACCUAAAUACUUUGCUGAACCACACAACUUUCCCCAGAUUUAACUGAUAUUUACAUGCAUGCGAUAAGAAUUGACUCAAAUAAAUUCAGUAUAACUUUUUUUAAGUUACCACUUCAACCAUUGUGUAAUACGGAAUAAAUCGUGAUAUUUUUGAGAAUUUUCAAAACUGGUAAUUCUUUAUACACAACUGCGUAAUACACAUGGCUUGUAAUCUGAUUUGUUUAUUUUUUAAUCCCAAUUAAAUAUUACGGAUAUAACUUUUCUAGACAUCAUUGUCAACCAAGAGAUUACUCAAAUACAUUUUUUUGGAUUAAGACGUUAGGUUUAGAAUUUAGUUUAUUUGGGACUGGAUUUGGGGGACAAGGAAGAUCAAAGUUACAGUAAUCCCUAACAAACAAUUUAGGGAAAUUAUUUGAGAACAGUUUUUUCUGAGAGCUUACUGUAAUCUUAGUGGGGAAAAAAUUUUCCAGUAAUUUUUAUUUAAAAAAAUUCUUUAAUCGUAAGAAUUUUAAAACUGCUAGAAAAUAUUUACAAAAUUGUUUGGAAUUUUUUUUCCGACCCGAUUUCCGGCAUAACAAACCUGAUUCUUUGUGUCCUAAUUGGGAGAAUAUGAGAGACACUUUAUUAUUCGCAGUAAUUGUUUCCCCAAAGAUAUCUUCUUGUCUACAAGCCUUGAUGACGGAGUUUGAAAGUAAUCAACUUCUUUAAUUACCGAUUUAAUUACACUUUUGCAGAAGAAAAAGAGUCCAGACCAUCAGAAACUCAGACCUCCGCUGCACCGACGGUCGAUGGAAACUCUCUUUUCCUUUCUUUCUUUGGUUUCAAUCCGUUAUUCCAAUCUCAAUGA